AUGUCUUUGGGGAGGAUUUUUAAACAAGCAACUGUUCUUUCACUGCUGCUCCUGUCCUGGUGUGCUGUAAAGAUACAGGGCGAGUGUCCAUUCGAGUGCUCCUGCCCAUCGUCUCCCACCUCAUGUCCACCAGGCAUCAGUUCAGUGCUCGAUUCCUGUGGCUGCUGUAGGAUGUGUGCCAGGCAGUUUAACCAGGACUGCAGUGCCACAGAACCCUGCGACCACAUCAAGGGUCUGCGCUGCCACCUAGGGGCCAAAGGAGACCCCACCAGAGGCUUGUGCCGAGCAGAGGCACAGGGGAGACCGUGUGAGCUGGACGGCCGAGUCUAUCAGCACGGCGAGGACUUUCAGCCCAGCUGUGAGCACCGCUGUACCUGCAUAGAUGGAGUCGUGGGCUGCAUGCCCCUCUGUCCCCACCACGUGCCCCUGCCCGACUGGCGCUGCGCCUGGCCUCGUCUCACCAAGCUGCCUGGACGCUGCUGCCAAGAGUGGGUGUGUGAUGAUGAUAACCACAUUGCUGAAGAUGACCUGACGUUUGAGAGCGCUCUGAACAAUGACAGCAAGCACAGCGACCUCACCAGCAACGAGUUGUUGGUUAUGGCACAGACACCGUGGGUCACCAGUUCAGGAGAACCGCAGCAUGAGUGGAUUUCCUCCUCUUCAACCCACAACCUGGUCCCCGCCACGUGCUUCCUGCAGAUCACUGAUUGGUCCCCUUGCUCAGCCACCUGUGGGAUGGGAGUGUCCAGCAGGGUGACCAAUAGCAAUGCGGAGUGUCGGUUGGUCAAGGAGACGCGUCUGUGUCAGAUCCGUGAGUGUGGCAGCAGCACAGUGUUGUUACUCAAGAAAGGUAAAAAGUGUCAGAGAACCAUUAGGCCACAUGAACCUACUCACAUCUCAUUUGCUGGCUGCUCCAGCGUGCACCGUUACCGCCCACGUUCCUGCGGAUCCUGUGUCGAUGGGCGCUGCUGUGUACCCGCCAUCACCCGCACCGUGCAUGUGCGAUUCCGCUGCCCGCAGGGACAGGUAUUUACCCGUGAUGUCAUGUGGAUCGAGCAGUGCAGCUGCCAACAGAACUGCAGCACCGGAGCAACAACGCAGCACCCGGAACUGCUCAGCCUGCCCAAUGACAUACACACCUUCACACACUAGUCAUGUUACCUAUCACAUUUAGUGCACUUAAUAUCACAUGUCAUGAAAAUAUCUAAGUGUGGGUUUCUUCUGGGGUAAGCCAAGACACCUACUGCAUGUUUUGAAGGGACCCUUUUGUGGACCCAAGAAAAACUCACAGAAAGUGACUUCAGGUGAGGUUUAAACCCAGGUCCCCUGGACCUUUGUGCUGUGCCACACUGACUAUCAGCUGUGCUGCUGUGCUAUUUAUUUCUUUUUAACAAAUGCAACA